CUGCGGUAUUUACAGCACAGAGGCAGUAGUUUGGUAAGCUAGCUUGUAACUGUGUAACUAGGGGAAGCUGUGGGGUUCGUGAAGAACACGAGGCUCGUCUAUUCCCGAAGUGCAGCCACAAGCUUAGAAAUUCAUGAGCUCUUCAACUUUGAGGUGCAGACUUUAAAGGAAGCUGUUCUUGGCAUCUGAGAGCUGCAACAGGUUCAAGUGACCUUGCACUGGAGACUUAAGUCGGGACACUUAAUAGAAAACUGUUUUAAGUGGGUACACUUGCAACCUGCUAGGGCAUGUUAUUAUCUUCCUUAAUCGCCGGGACUUUAUAUUCAUUUAACACUUCCAGGACGAUUUACAGCAACCACUGAACGUUAGUUGGCAUGAGAUGCUUAGCUUAUAGUUUUAAUUAAACCUUAUUAGGCUUGUGGUUAUAUACAUAUGUGUAUCACUGGUUAAUGAACUAAUUUAUUUGCACCAAUAUAAUUCCUACACAGAAGAACAUGCAUAGCAAUGCUAAAGAGCAGAAAGUGUUUAAAAAGGCUGGAAGCAGCGAGGAUGGAUGCGGUGGGCAGCAAAGCUGCAGGAAAAGAGGGACGCUGGCUUUACUACUACCCACUGUUGUGGGACCAAUGAUUUCGAUUGUCUCCUUAGCAUAUUGUGUAGCGCUUAACGUCCAUACUGCUCAGCUACAAGAAAGGGUCCUGGCCCUGGAAACCAGGGAAGGAGGCGAGCAGUUGCUCUACCGUUAUCCAAUCCCAGGCCUUUCCAUGGAUCAGCUAAAUUCGGUAGUGCGAGAUAGAGUGGAUCAGCUCAUGUCGCAGAGGUCGUACGAAUAUUUGGCCAAGAUUCGAAAGGCACGAGAAGUGCCAUCCCAAUGUGACUGCCCAGCAGGCCCUCCUGGAAAACGAGGCAAGAAGGGUCGCAACGGAGAACCAGGUCCUCCAGGUCCCUCUGGUCCAAAGGGUGAAAAGGGUGACCAAGGUGACCAAGGCCCACGGAUGGUGUUCCCUAAAAUCAAUCAUGGGUUUCUGUCUGCUGAUCAACAGCUCAUUAAACGACGCCUUAUUAAGGGUGAUCAAGGACAAGCUGGCCCUCCUGGACCACCAGGACCUCCAGGGCCACCAGGACCCAGGGGCCCCCCAGGUGAUACUGGAAAAGACGGUCCAAGAGGAUUACCAGGAUCAACGGGGGAACCUGGCCUCAUAGGAGAACAGGGUUUGAUGGGACCCCAGGGACCACCAGGACAAAAGGGUUCAAUUGGAGAUCCAGGAACCCCAGGACUGGAUGGUGAAAAGGGAGAGCAGGGAUCACCUGGGAUAUCGGGUACAGAUGGAGUCCUUGGACCCAAGGGAGAUCCAGGAGAAAGAGGAGAAAAGGGUUUUAACGGAGAACCUGGACUGAAAGGUGACAUGGGAGAAAAGGGUGACCCUGGAUCUUCUGCAGCUGGAAUUAAGGGUGAACCUGGAGUCCCUGGUCGUUCAGGGCAAAAGGGUGAGCCAGGCCUACCUGGGCUUCCUGGACUUCCUGGAAUAAAGGGUGAACCAGGUUUCCUAGGCCCACAGGGAGAGCCAGGAUUACCAGGAUUGCCAGGAACAAAAGGUGAAAGAGGAGAAGCAGGACCUCCUGGGAAAGGUGAAAGAGGAGAACCCGGAGCACAAGGCCAAAAGGGAGAGCCUGGUGAAGCUGGCCCAAGAGGCCCCAAAGGGUUAAAGGGUGAUCCAGGAGAGAAAGGAGAUACAGGAUUAACAGGUCCAAGGGGGCCACCUGGACAGAAAGGAGACCAAGGAGUGACAGAAAUCAUAGACUACAAUGGCAACAUCCAGGAAGCAUUGCAGAGGAUUACUACCUUAACAGUUACGGGUCCACCAGGACCACCAGGACCUGAAGGAAAACAAGGGCCAAAGGGAGAGCCUGGAUCUCCAGGAUCCCCGGGAGUGGAUGGUGAACAGGGUCCUAAAGGUUCCAAAGGUGACACUGGUGCCCCUGGAUUUCCAGGUGACAAAGGAGGAAUUGGCUUACCUGGAUUGCCGGGUACAAAUGGAGUCAAAGGAGAAAAGGGAGACGCAGGCUUACCUGGCCCUCAGGGUCCAUCUAUUAUAGGCCCACCGGGAGCUUCUGGCCCACAUGGUCCACCAGGCCCGAUGGGCCCACCAGGACUGCCUGGCCCAAAGGGUGAACCAGGGUUGCAUGGUCUUAAAGGAGCGAAGGGUGAAACGGGUCAAAAGGGUGACAGAGGACCCCUUGGUCUUCCAGGAGCCUCUGGCUUGGACGGAAAGCCAGGACCCUUGGGCAUGGAUGGUUUGGUUGGCCCACCUGGCCCAGCAGGACCGAAAGGUGACAGGGGAGAAAAAGGCGCCACAGGGGACCCAGGAUCAAGAGGCCCAUAUGGCUUACCGGGCAAAGAUGGACAACCAGGUAUAGAUGGCUUUCCAGGUCCGAGAGGAGAGAACGGAGACACAGGAGAAAAGGGAGAAAAGGGCUUCCGAGGAUUUAAGGGGGAAAAGGGUGAACCAGGCCAGCCUGGCCUGGAUGGGCUGGAUGCCCCUUGCCAAUUGGGUGCAGAUGGAUUACCAAUGCCUGGAUGCUGGCAAAAGUGAUGAAUCUAACCCUAACAGCAUGAAGUUGUAUAUAAAACUCCACAUUUUAUAUGUAUAAAUGAAAACUUAUAUUUGGCUUCAGUGUCCAAGGAAUGUUUACUUAUAGCUGCUUCAAUCAGUUUGCAGUAGUUGGUCACGUGCUCCUACAUCAGUAAACUGACUGUAUAUCUAAUGUGGAAAAUUCUGCACUGAAGGGAAAUAGAGUAUGUAUGAAUGCUGUGGACGUGCACAGAAUGAGUAAAUGUAUGGCUGUAUUUACAAAUAUUGUAUGUGUGGACACAUAUCAGAAGAUAUGGGUAUAUGUAUUACAAAGUUGUGGUCAGAAAAGCAGCCAUUGGCUCUGCUUUUCUGACAUUUGUACGAGUAAUAAGUGCCAAGGACCAAUCUUUAAGGAACUGUGACCAAAAAUGGACUGAAUGCUGUGAAAUGUACUCUGUCAGAUGUCACUGGAGAUUACUGACUAUCCAUGUUCUUCACUGCCUUCAUCAUUCAUGAUAUAACCAUGUCAUCACACACAUGUAAAACAAACACUGCAUGACAUGUGUGCCACAUUUGCUUGCGGCGUGAUUGCUCCAUGGGCUAAAACACUAACUAGCUGCUCUUUGUGAAAUUUCAACCAGACUCAUCAAUUUCCUUUUGUUACCUCAAGGGAGUCACACCAUGGCUAAUUGCUAAAAAGAGAUAAACUUGAAGAUUUCCUUCAGUGGUUAUUCAGAUUUGAAGACCUGCAACCUGUAUUGCAGGGUCUUUAGCUGCAUCCUGUACUACAAUGCAGGAGACCACCGUGGCAGUUAUUCUUUGGUGCCAAUCAACUGGUCAGUGCAAUGCCUCAGAGUUCCAGGUUCUGUUCUUGCACACUGAAAGCAGGCAUUAGACUUAACAUCAUGUCUUAAUCGUGGUCUGUCACCUGAGUUUAAAUGUAAGUCUGAAAAACAUUCAGAAAAACCUGCACCUUUUCCUAAGAUGGACAUUUCAGUGCUAACAUAGUCUCUACGUCUAUGCAUCAAGAAAGGUUGCCAGUAUCACAUAAAGAUUUUUGCUCAGCCCUUGAAGUUCUUCGAGCACAUGGCAUUGCUGAGAACCAAUGGUGGUUCUUUUGACUUACAGCUGUUGAGCCAGACAGGAGCUCAGAACCAGAAGGAGUGUGGUUCAUUCGCUUGUUACAAAAUCACGUUUAUUAAAAACAAAAUAUAAUGUUUUUAACUACAUCUCCAUGACCUGGCAGAAAUGAUUGGGAGCAGAUAUGUAUGGAGUUUAUUCUCCCCAUAACAUGUUAAAGACUUUUUGUGUGUCUUGAGGAUUUAUUAUGCAUUCAUUACUUUUGACCUUCUACAGCUUUGGAAGGUCUAUUAAAAAGUGAUGUACAAAUAUUUAAGUUACAUUUGUAUUUUAAAAUAUUUGAUCUUAUGUUUUAUAUUCAUACUGAUAUAGAAAUGUCUGAAUCUCUCCAUCACUUUCAGUUGUUCCACAGUUGCUUAUUUAUGAAUAUAUGUAUUUUUCUGCUAUUUUGAAUGGUUUCCUUGGUGUCUCCUCAUAGACUUGGAAUGGUCUUGAUUAGAAGAGUUAUUAUUAUAAAAAGGAACCAUUAUACAAGCUGUACAUAUGGUUGGCAGCAGCAAAGCUGUAUUAGGGAAUUAAUGCCAGGUUUUAAUAUUGUAGGACAUCAGUAUAUGACUGAAGAAUACCAACAAAAUGUAAUGUUGUCUGAAUCACUAUAAGUCCCUGAAGCUGAUUGUAUGAGCUUUUGUGUUUUAUCAGUGAAUAUGAUGUAUCUUCAGCUUUAAAAGAAACAGGGGCAUAGCUGAAGUCCUUGUUUGGGUUACACAGGUGCCUGCCACUUGAGAAGGUAAGAAAAUAAGCAAACAUGCAGCCCUUGGCCAUUGCUAAAUUAAGUAUAAUAAUAAAGCAAGGCAUGAAUUUAAGAUGGGCAAAGCAUGACACUGCCCAUGUGGCAGUUUUUCUUUUCACUUUAAAUUAUUUAAUUGCUGAUUACUAUAAAACAAAGUGCCGUUAAUUUCUUUGAAUGUAAAUGUAUCAUAUCUUUACCAUAUUGAGGGGCACGUUUCAGUUAACCUGGUUUAUGAAUGAUAUGCCUAGGUUAAGUAUAAGUGCUUUUUUCAGUCUGAAAAGCAGACAUACAUUGCAUACCAUGUAACUUACUUCUGAUUUGUUGUUUUUUGCAUCACCGUGAAUCUGGAGUUUUGUACAGAUGUAAAAAUAUGUUCUUUAAACAAGUAAACACAGAUGUAACCAAUA